GCAAGAAGAGAAACCCUGGGCUGAAAAUUCCUAAAGAAGCAUUUGAGCAACCACAGACAAGCUCCACGCCACCCAGAGAUCUAGACUCCAAAGCCUGCAUCUCUAUUGGCGAGGAGAAUUUUGAGGUGAAAGCCGAUGACCUGGAGCCCAUCUCCGAGCUGGGCCGAGGGGCGUACGGGGUGGUGGAGAAGAUGCGGCACAUGCCCAGCGGGCAGAUCAUGGCGGUGAAGCGGAUCCGAGCCACAGUGAACAGCCAAGAGCAGAAGAGGUUAUUGAUGGAUCUGGAUAUUUCCAUGAGGACGGUAGAUUGCCCCUUCACUGUCACCUUUUACGGGGCGCUUUUCCGAGAGGGAGAUGUGUGGAUUUGUAUGGAACUGAUGGAUACCUCACUGGACAAGUUCUACAAACACGUCAUUGACAAAGGCCUGACGAUUCCUGAGGACAUCUUAGGAAAAAUAGCUGUCUCUAUCGUAAAAGCACUAGAACAUCUACACAGUAAGCUCUCCGUGAUCCACAGAGAUGUAAAGCCCUCUAACGUGUUGAUCAAUACGCAGGGACAGGUGAAAAUGUGCGAUUUUGGAAUUAGCGGUUACCUCGUUGACUCGGUUGCUAAAACCAUGGAUGCAGGAUGCAAACCCUACAUGGCUCCUGAAAGAAUUAACCCGGAGCUGAACCAGAAGGGGUACAGCGUCAAAUCUGAUAUCUGGAGCCUGGGGAUCACGAUGGUAGGGCGACCCGGGGGCUCGCACUUGAAGAAGAAUUCCAAAGAACGGCCGACAUACCCAGAGCUUAUGCAACAUCCUUUCUUCACCCUGCACGAAUCCAAAGAGACAGACGUCGCCUCUUUUGUCAAACUCAUCCUGGGAGAAUGAGAACUGGACUUGUAAAUGAAUUGCCCUUCUGUGGACUGGUGGGUGCAGGGGAGGGGCACGUGGCAGGACUUGUCUUGAAAGCACCAACAGAAAGUCGCCGUAUUUUGUUUUGUUUUGUUUUUAUUCUGAGAAACUCCCGCCUCGCCGAAGUUUUUUAAAAGGGUUCUUUGGUAUCCAUAGUGACAUAGAAUGAGCUGGUUAGUGAAAUGAAUUUUAAUAAGGUUGGUAACCUUAAAACAAAAAACAAAACAGCAAAAAAAGAUUUGAAAAGAGUGAUUUACAUAUUUAAUGACAGUCGAAGUCCCUCUUCCUAACUUUCUCCUCACCCCCCUCGCCUUCCCCCUGAACCAGAAUUUGCUUUGUCAUGGUAAUAGGUGCUACGGUAGUCAUGAAGUUGUAUGUAGAUUUAUAUUUUGUCCCUUCCAUUAUUUUAAUAUUUAUGUUAAGUGCUUGAUGGAAUAGAUUUCUGUUUUAUAUGA